GAAAAAAAAAUAACGGAGAAGUUAGAAAAGAAAAAAAUUACGAAGCAGAGCAACGUAAGAGAAGAGAGGAGAAGCAUCGAGCGCUUGAUUUUGAAUCGGUUAAUUAGUUCUUCUGAAACGCAUUUACGGUUUGCAUAACCAACGAGGCUUUUCGUUAGAUGAGGCCAAUCAGGCUUCCCGAACCUCCCACCGGAUUUUCGGGCAUGCCUGAGAUCUUCGAAGGUGGGAUUUCCGGCGUUAUCAGACGCGCCGUCGUCAUCGGAAACGGUUUUGCCGGCUCCGAGAACCAGAGCAUUGGUUUGGUUCGAGCGCUUGGCCUCUCAGGUCGGCAAUCCUUUUACCGUAUCAGUAGGCCGAGAGGAGGAAUCAACGAAUGGCUUCACUGGCUUCCAGUUUCUCUGCACAAGAAAUUUGAGCGUAUCGUCCGGCGAAUUCGAGGACUGAACCGAGUUCAACCUCUUUCACAUGGAAUCAAUGGCCUAUCUGAUGUUUUGGAAGCUGAUGCAAAGCAGAUUGCAAAUAUGGCUCGUGAAACUUUUGACAGGGAUGGCCCAUUGCUAGUGGUUGCUUCUGGCAGGGAUACUAUUGACGUUGCAAGCUCCAUAAAACGUUUAGCCCCGGAAAAUGUUUUUGUUGUGCAGAUACAGCAUCCAAGGUCACGUCUAAAUAGGUUUGAUUUGGUGAUAACUCCCCGUCAUGAUUAUUAUCCAUUGACUCCUCAUGCACAGGCGCAAAUUCCUUGGUUUCUGAGAAGGUGGGUUACUCCCCGUGAACCACCAGGAAAAAAUGUGGUUCUCACUGUUGGAGCCCUUCAUCAAGCUGAUUCUGCUGCACUAAGGAGUGCUGCUUCUGCUUGGCAUGAUGAGUUGGCACUGCUUCCCAAACCUUUGCUCGUAGUUAAUAUUGGUGGACCUUCAAGCAACUGUCCAUAUGGUGUUGAUCUUGCAAAACAGUUAGCAUCUACACUACAUGAUGUUCUUUGGAGCUGUGGAAGUGUGAGAAUGUCUUUCUCUCGAAGAACUCCUGAGAAGGUGUCAAAAAUUUUGGUGAAAGAAUUCAGUACAAAUCCUAAAGUGUACAUUUGGGAUGGCAAAGGUUCAAAUCCACAUAUGGGACAUCUAGCCUGGGCUGAUGCUUUUGUCAUCACUGCUGAUUCAGUCAGUAUGCUGAGUGAGGCUUGCAGCACUGGCAAGCCUGUUUAUGUGAUUGGAGCGGAGCGUUGUACAUGGAAGUUUGCAGACUUUCAGAAGUCUCUGCAGGAACAACGUGUGGUCAGACCAUUUACUAGCCAAGAGGAUAUAUCCAAUAGCUGGAGCUAUUCUCCACUUAAUGACACUGCAGAAGCUGCUAACCGGGUAAAUAUGGCACUCGCUGAGCGUGGAUGGAGAAUACGUACAUAGUCAGCUUUUUGAAAUAUUUGGUUAUGUGUAUUUGCAGUGUUUUAAGAAGUGGUUCACUCAAUUUUGUCCAACUAAUUUAUAAGAUAGUUUUUCUACAAUUUGAUUUUUGUAAUACCCUUUAUCUUUGUAGAUUGACUUCGGGAUGUUGAAUUGUUUAAGAGAAAUAGCAUUAACAGUCAAGCAAAGCGGUAUACAUAUACCAAGUAUAGAUUCUAUUUGUUCGCUUCACAAACCAGAUUAGAAAGAAAAUUUGUAAUUCUAACCUGAUACGUUUUAUGUUGUUUUGUUAAUAGAAGUCAAUCUUUACA